GUAUUCUAAAUCUGCAUACAAUUGAUGGAUCUGGUUAUUUUCAGUUCUUGAACAUAUUUUCUUUUACCUUACAGUUAUAAAACCAUGUGUCAAAUACAUUAUGUCCAGCAUUAUUGAGAACCAAAACUGCACAUCCCUUGGACCUGUGGAACUGACAUAUUGUGAAGGAGGUUGCUUGUCUUCAUCAAGGUUCUCCUUUGACAGUGAAAUGAUGGACGGAGACUGUACAUGUUGCAGGCCUUUUCAGUCCACAAACAGAACUGUUGAACUGACGUGUUUAGAUAACACUACAACAUUGUAUUCAUACAUCUAUGUGGAGGAGUGUAGCUGCCAAAUACCUGAAUGUGAAUAUCUUACACCAACCAAUAUGGUUCCGUACAAUGUUUAACUUCAGAUUAACAUUCAAUUGUUACUUUCAUGGACCUUAAAGUAAUUGCUUUUCUUGCUAGUUUGUUGCAAUGUAGACGGUUAAAUAGUAUUGGGCUCAAAAACUCAAAUUUGAAUUAUUUACAAAAAAGGUCAGGGAUGUAGUUACUGUAUAGAUUGUAUUAACUAUAUAAAAAUAUAAAGCUUUAUUAUUUCUAUGACAUGUUUCAUACUUUCAUAAUCAGCUAUUUAAAAUGUAAAAUGUUUUGGAGAUUUUACUUCCUUAUACAGAGGCAAUAAUUGUAAAAUUAACAAAAAUAUGUUAUUCUAUUUAUGCAAAAUCAAACAAAGGAUAAUAUUCAAGAAUAAACAAUGGGAGUUGUCAGUUAUGGAAGAUCCAAAUAAGACUGUAUUUAUUUGUACCAAACUUACCACUUUGUGGGCCAAUGGAAGUAAAACAGAUUAGUAAAAUAUCACAUUCUUCCACUCUACGCUAGUUAGAUAUUUUGCACCUCAGGAAACUCAUACUGUUAAAUCCUUGCUUCAGACAAAACAUUUUUUGUGUGGAGUGAGUAGACAAGAGUUAGAACAUCAGAAGUGUUUAAUUUUUGUCUGUGGCUUUGUUAAAUAAGUUCCUUUCACUUCCUGUUCCUGUGAUACCAGGACAAAAAAAUAAUAAUUGGGGAACAGGCAUCACCAUAUCAGGAAGACACCAACGACAAUAACAAUGAAACAGAGGUUCUAACUCCUCCCCAAUCUACUAGAACAUAGACAUGUGCACACUGAAAUAUUUUGUUUCGGAAUUUCGGUUUCGUCCAAAAUAUUUAUUCAUUU